AUGUUCUGGAACAGUCCUCCAGGCAGCUGUGACUUUGAGUCUGGACAGUGCACCUGGGUCAACAUCCCCAAGGAAGGUGGACAUGAGUGGGUGCUGGCUAACGGAGGCUUCCAGGGUCCGCCGACAGACCACAACACUCAGACCCCAGAGGGUUUGUUCUUGUUGAGCUCAUCACUGCACCAACACAACAGCAGUGUAGCGCAGGUAUUAUCAGAAUGGAUCCAACUGAGAGACACCACCUCCUGUCUCACCUUAUGGUACCAUAUGGACAACAGUGACUCGGGGAUGUUGAAGGUGUUCGUGCGCUCAGAGCCGUCGGAGGAGAAUCUGAUGUUCAGCAGUAACAGCAGUGGACCCGGCUGGACCAGGUUCUCUCAGUCUGUAAUGAAGAACACGCCAUUCCAGCUGCUGAUCGAAGCAGAGACGAACAACAGAGGAGUUAUUGCCAUUGAUGACAUCACUGUCACACCGGGUGUUUGUCAAGUAAAUGAAACAAGUUUGGGAUUUGCGAGUUGCUCAUUUGAAAGUGGAGAAUGUGGCUGGGAGGACGCCAGCGUUGGCCAGAGUCAGUGGACGAGAGGAAGGAAUGCUACCAGUAGCUAUGAACCGUCUGUGGACCACACAGAGGGCACGGAGCUGGGUUGGUACAUGGCCGUGGUUCCUAACCGAGGAGAUCAAAUGGGCCCCGCUGCGUUUCAGAGUCCCACCAUGAAACAGGCCAGCGCCAACUGCACACUUCACUUCUACUACAAUAUGUAUGGAGAGGACAUAGAGGAGCUGAACGUGCUGCUACAGGAGGGCUCCAGGACCACUGCACUGUGGUGGCUGUCUGGUAACCAUGGAGAUAAGUGGCUUCACGGUGAGGUAACAGUUGGCAGAAUCCCUCAGGACUUCACCAUCCUGUUUGAAGCCUCCAGGUCCUUCAGCAGGCCUGGACACAUUGCUAUUGAUGGCAUAGAUUUCAUCUCCUGCACCCUGCCUGAGCCCCAGCCCUCGUGUCCAGAGAAUAUGUUCACAUGCAACAACACUGUGUGUGUGGAGCACAACCAAAUGUGUGACUUCAGUGAUGACUGUGGGGACCGGUCCGACGAGAAAAACUGUGGUGGUGUGGAGAGCUGCAGCUUUGAACGUGGCCUGUGUUUCUGGGAGGGCAGUAGCCUGGACACAGCUGGAGCUGAGUGGACGCGUCAGAGUGGACAGGAAGCGUGGCCCAAACAUGGACCUCCCAGGGAUCACACCAAGAACUCUGGUGCAGGUCACUAUAUCAAGCCUGGGACUCACCUGACUGAGACGGGCCAAGCUUCUGAGAUUCUCUCCAGAACUCUACUCCCCAAUACCCGCUGCACUAUGAGAUUCUUCUUCUUCAGCCUGGACGAUGCUGCAGCCAGACUGACGGCCCAGUCCAGGACACUACAGUCUGGUAGUGACGACACUGUGUUGUGGUCAAGCAACUCACAGAGCUACAGCUGGCAGAGAGCAGAGGUCACGUUCUCCUCCUUAGUCAGCAGCAAGAUUGUCUUCAGAUAUGAGCGGGAUGAUGGUCACAGAGGGCUUGUGGCGCUGGAUGACAUCUCUUUCUCCAGAGAGUGUGUUUUUGAUCCUGAAAACAACAAGCUGCCUGACACAUCACCCACCUCUGCUCCACCUACCACACCCACGUUCCCAGCCUCAACCACGCCUGCCCCGCCCCGCCCCUGCCAGGCCGAUGAGUUCUUCUGUUGGCGGUCGGCUGGAGAAGUGUGUAUUCUGGCUACUUUACAGUGUGAUUAUCAUCCAGACUGUCCGCAGGGGGAGGAUGAGGAGGGCUGUGGUGGCUGCACAUUUGAGAGUAACCAGUGCAAAUGGACUGACACCAGUGAUGGACGGAGCAGGUGGCAGAGACAGAAAGCCAGCAACGACACAGAACCGCCCACUGAUCACACUACAGACACAGGCUACUACAUGACAGUGAAUAUCAGUCAGGGUUGGACACAGAGUGAAGCUCGACUCCAGAGCCCCCCACUCCCCCCUUCAUCCCCCUACUGCCAGAUUCUGUUUCACUUCCACAUCAGUGCACAGAGUGCUGGGUCACUCAGAGUGCUUAUGCAGCAAGCUGAGGGGAGUGAAGCAAUCCUGUGGUCACACAGUCACAACACUGUCUCUCAUUGGACCCCAGAGCAUCUCCCUCUAGGCCUGCACCAGCAGCCUUUUAAGGUUUGGUUCAGCAGCAUGAAUAAAGUGACGCAGACGGACACGACUGCUGAAGAUCACGUAGUUGCUGUGGAUGAUAUCUCUUUUAUAAACUGUGAGACAUCCUACAAGCCACCAGCUCUGUCGGCCGGCGGCUGUUCUUUUGAAGACGGUCUGUGUGUUUGGGUUCAGGGAGCUGAAGAUGAGUUGGACUGGCUCAGCAGGUCCGGUCCCACUGAAACCCCCAACACCGGGCCUGCAGGAGACCACACGACCGGCAAAGGAAAAUACCUUUACAUCGAGAGUUCCCCACCAAGUGUGAAGAGAAAUACGGCCCAGCUGAAGUCUUUGCUGCUGCCACCUGCUGGUGAAAAUGGAUACUGCUUCACAUUUUGGUACCACAUGUUCGGAGCUACUGUCGGCUCCUUGAGGAUGCUUCUACAAACAGAUGAUCUCUUGAAAACACUGGUGUGGCAAAAAUCAGGAAACCAGGGGGACGAGUGGCUGCUGGUGCAGAGUCAUGUGACCUUGCAGAAAGUCCAUCAAGUGAUCCUGGAGGCUACAGUGGGGGGAGAGGCCGGAGACAUAGCCAUCGAUGACAUCUCCCUCAUCAGUGGACCAUGUCCUGCCUCUGAUCUGUGUGACUUCGAGGAGGGGAGCUGUAACUGGCAGCAGCAGACCACCGAUGACUUUGACUGGGUCAGACAGUCAGGCUCCACCCACAACCCCAACACUGGGCCCGACAGCGACCACACCACCAACACACCCACGGGACAUUACUACUACCUGCCCUCCUCUGAGGCCGACCGCGCCGACCAGACCGCUAGAAUGUCUUCACCACUGUUCCCUGCAGUUUUUCUUCCUCUGGCCCUGUAG